AUGAAGGUGAAAUGGACCAUGCUUGGCAUGGUUGUCUUCUUUCUGCUCUCUGUGGUCAUGACCUGCUGCUUUAUAUGGCAGUAUAGGAUGCCAAAGCUGACGACAGGUAAGGUUUUGGCUGUAAAGAAAGCAGUAGUAGAAGACAUGUGCCCUAAAUUCCCUGAGCCUGUGCCCCUGAAACAUCCCAUCACAUCGCUGAGGGCAGCCUUAGAAAAGAUAGAUGUACUCCUUAGGUCGAGCGUUCACAACACCAAGUUGCCAGCCAUAUCAGCCAUCGUGGUUUUAAAUGACUCUGUUCUGUGGAAUGGAAACUUUGGCAAGAAGAACAUAAGUGACCCCUCCUCAUCUGCACCCAAUGAAUACACAGUGUACAGAAUUGCGAGCCUGUCGAAGAUUUUCCCCACACUGAUGCUUUACAAGCUGUGGGAGAAUGGCCUAGUGGACUCUCUGGACGACCCUCUGGAGAAGUACACAGAUAACUUCACCAUCAAGAACCCACUGGGGAAAAGUGGGGGGCCAUCAGUCAGGACUCUCAGCCGCAACACUCCUGCACUCACCCUGCGCCGGAUGGCUAGCCAGCUUUCUGGAUUACCCAGAAGAUUAAGAUCCACUAAUCUCCUCUGGAGUGGCGAUACAAAGGCAGCCCUUAAUUUGCUACGGGAUGAUGUCCUGGUGGCAGAUCCAGGCACCAAAUGCCACUACAGCAAUGUUGCUUUUUCCUUACUGGCCAACAUCUUGGCCCAGAAGGUGACUGGCUCAGACUUUGAGAGCUGGGUAUCUGACAACAUUCUUCAGCGGCUCAGCAUGGAGGACACUGGUUUCAACCUAACUCCCGCUAUUCAGAAGCAGAUGGCUGUGGGUGUAUACAGCAAUGGUCAGCCAGCUCCCCUUUACGACCUCGGCUGGUACCGACCUGCAGGCCAGAUGUAUUCCACUGCAGCUGACAUGGCUAAGCUCAUGAUGGCUCUUCUGGGGGGUUACGGCUGGACUCUGCUCCGCCAGGACACCCUCAACACCAUGCUGACCCCGGUUUUCCGAUGCCACAGCAGCUACUUCGCCAACUCCACUGGCACACCGUGGGAGAUCAACCAGAAGUUUGGCUAUGAUGUGGUGAGGAAGGACGGGGACCUGGACGGUUACGCAGCCACCCUCACCCUGGUGCCAAGGCUCAAACUGGGACUGGUCAUCCUGAUGGCUGGGGUUCGUCCUGCAGACCAGGACCUUGCGAGCCAGGCAUACAAUUAUCUUAUCCCUGCAGUGGAGAAUGCUUUCAGGGAUGCUAAACGAACUCUUAGACCACCGCUCAACCCAGCUCCUUACGUGGGCUUUUUCACUUACAGGAAUAUGACUUUCUAUGAAAUUAAGGUGGACUCAGAUGGGGUGCUGGUCAUGCAGCAGUUUGGACCACAGGUGGACACAAAUGUGCCAUCCAAGUACCGAACUAUUCGACUGGAUUAUCUGCAGGACAGGGUGUUCAGGGUGAUUUUUGAGAGCCCAUACCCCUGCAAGAUGAAGGUUAACAGUGCCUCAGUCUCACUGGAGGCACAGGACAGACAGCUUUUCAACUUUUUCCCCUUUAACAAGAAAGGUGUGUCGCCAGGGUUUGAUUCCCCAGGACUUAACACUUACAGGGUGACAAGGAUAGCUGGCAGACCAUACUUUACUUCAUAAAGACAGGAAUUCCACUAUAACUGGGGGUUUGUGUCUAGGGCAUUAUAUUAUAUUAUUGUGAUAUUGUUAUUCCAUACCAAUUGUAUCAUUUAGCCAUGUCCAAAUCUCCAAAGGAAUCAAGUCAUCCUUCUGCCACAUUACUAGCACAAGC